CACUAAAUGCAGAAAACGUAAUCACGUUGUCGUGCUUACGUAUAAAAAAUGUUUCUUUUGACAUCAUAUUUGGUAUAUUUGGCUUGAUUGCCUAAAAUAAAUAUAACCCCCCUUCCUGCGCUUAUGCCCCAAGCCAAGAUUCAAAAAAAGGCAUUAUUUACCGAAAAGUAUAACAAAGGAUAUACUUAAAAAUUAAGUAAAAGAUGAACUUGCUGAGAGCCAAACUUGAAAACUGUCUUUUAGAACUUAGUAAAUGUUCUGAUGACAGUAAUAAACGCAUGAACUGGUUAAAUAACUUUUGUGCCGCUCUCUUGGAAUUCUCUUCGGCGGUUCAUAAAUACAUGUCUAUUCAAAAUGAGGCAGUGGAAUUGAUAUGUCUAUGUCUAACCCAGAUUAUGAUCUGCAUUCGCCAACUAGAGAAUAUCGUGAAGGUAGAGAAAUCAUGCGACGCUAAAAUUGCUGCUAGUCAUCAUCAUUUUGUGGAACGUGCGAGAUGGUGUCUGAAGCGUAUGCUACGCAUAUGUCCGGAUAAGAAUUCCAAACAGGAUGAGCUAGUUCUGAAUACAGAAGGACAGUCUUUUCUUGAUCUUGUAGAUUCAAUUUUAGAUACGCUUGCUCCAUUCAGCAAUUAUAAUGAGGAGAAUAGCUAUGUCAAUGUGUCUGAGAUCCUGUCGUGUCCCAAGGAUACGAUGCAUCUAUGCAGACGCGUUGGUAGCUCCAUCGAUUCUGUGUUGAGCCAAACUUUAUCCUUUGCUAAUGUAGCCUUGCAGGAGGAUAAGCGAGCCUUGAGUGCUCUGUGUCAAAAGGUAAUGCGAGAAUUCGGAGCCUUUCAAGCGGAAUGCCAGACCUCGUCUUCAGCUUCAAAUAUCAAAUUGAAAACUAUGACCAUGGAGCAAGCUUUAUAUCAAUUGGAGGAUUUCAUUAAUGAGGCCCUCUUGCGUUUGGUAUUCCAGUGUUUUUUGGAUACUGAAAAAUUUUCAGUUGACAAAAUCCGGAAUGUCCUUAGACAGGGCGAUACUUCCUUAUCGGAUGAUUUCAUAGCCGAUUUUGAUGUCAAUAUUGAUCGUGCCAUGCAAAUUGGCGUAUUUGCAGUGGCAUUUGCACCCAAUCUCAAAAUGAAGACCAUAGUACGUAGUUGUUUGGCCUCAUUUGAAUCAUUGGACACCAGCUUAAUACCCUCACUGCAAGCCAGUGGCACUGAUCUUCACUCGGAGAUUCUAGAACAGCAUUUCAAUGAAGAAAUGAUGAAAUUCAAAACUGCUAUGCACGAGAUCAUUGAUAGUGGAGCUCUGGUGGGUUGUUAUUUGGAUAUACUCACAGAUGGCAUACAAUUGGCCGAGAAGAAUUUCAAAAAGACGCCUUUAAUGGACUUGAAUCAAAUGGCCAUGCUGCUGUUGGAGCAUUUCCAACUGACCGUCAAUGAGAAGGUAUUGAAGGAUAGCAAAUGUGGCAGAGGUGUGGAAUAUUUUCAGCAAUUUGUAAGAAUGUGGCGAGAAUGUAAGGCUAUCCUGAUGUGUGCAGCGCAAGUGGAGCCACAACGUAUUAUCAAACGAUUCAAAAUAAUGCGAAGUAUUCUCCGAAAACUGCACAGCUGCUUACAAACAGGCACAAAAGAAGAAAUGCCACAAGAAGAAACCCAACAGUCUUUAGCACAGACAAAUGAAGCUAAACUCGAUCUUUCGGGCAUAUUACCAAGUCAAACAAGCAUACUCUACGACACACGGGAGCGUAGAAGUCGCAAUCAAAGACAAAUGAAACCUGUAGAAACCGAAACUACAAAAGAAAAUACAACCGAGAAAAACAAAUCAAUGAAAUCGACUGCUUAUGCUAGUGUAAGGCGAAGAGAAAGUCUUCGAACACAGAUGUUCAAGCGUCAGAAUAUAGCCGAGAGUCGUAAACGUUAUAAAUCUAUAACCAAUAAUCAAUCGGUCAAUUUGCAAAUUAGCGAUAUUCUUGAUCAGUUAACUGAUUUAUCAUCAACAUUUUCCGAGACGCAGCAUUUGCUAAAUAAAAAAUAAAA